CGUUGGUCAAUCUAUUGUCCACGCUCCUCUGGCACCUCGAAGAUUUUUCUGUAAUAGGCCUGAAAAAAGCAAUAUCAGCAGCAUCGAAGUCAUCGAAUUUUCCCACCAUGAAGAGCUCCUGUCCAUAAAUACCUCUAUCGCAUCCUGCAGACUGAACACCAGUUCAAACGAGCACAAUCGACGACAAAGACUGAGCAUCCCAGUCGCAUACCAUCAUGGCUGCCCUCGACUCUAAGCAGUUCAAACAAGACCUCGUUGUCUCCAUCCGCUAUCGCAAUGACUUGCCUCCGCCGCCUAUGCCACCCAAACUCCUGGAUGUGGACACAGGAGGUCUAUCACAAUACCUGACUCCAGGCUACGCCUCAGGACUGGCCAAACGAGAAGAUCCCAAUAUCGAAGUCGAUGCUGAGGGCGGAAUGCCCAUCGACAUGAUUGGUGUCCCUGGAUAUUUCCUCGGUGAUGAGUCUGCCAUCAUGGCUCCAGAAGUCACACCCGUCCUCGAUCCCGCCGACCUUGCCCUACUCCUCACCCUUGAUCAGAUUAAAAGCCAAGGCGCGCAUGACAAUGUCUCAUUCCUACGCAAGACGCAGUACAUGACUGCAUCUCAACUCUCCGCCACGACAAAUCCCUUCGUCAGCUCAACCCCAGCCAAACCAAAACCUACACUGAAAUCUGCCCCACCGCCACCAGUCGCAAAAGACGACAAAGAGAACAUUAAACGACACAUUCAAAAAGGCUUUGACAUCGCCUAUCCUGAGAGUAUCCCUUAUAACCCUCCCGAAGCCAAAGCAAAUCCCAUCACACAACAAGAAAGAGACGCAUGGACGAACCCAGUCCAUCCAGACAACCCAAGACUCAAGCCCGUGGGUUUCUACCCAAUCUUACCCGAUGUCGAAGCCUACACCGACGUCGGUGGAUCAUGGUAUGCUGUCAAAUUUGACAAGGCGCCUCUGGGAACCUACCGAGGACGGAAAGACGAUCGAUUAGACGCUGCUCUCCUAGGCGCAUCGGAGAACAAGGCCAAACAUGCCGAAUGGCUAGCCAAAAAGAACGCCUACGAGUCCAAUCCGGAGUUAUACGAGGAACCUGGCCCAGAACCAUAUGUAUGGACAUUAUACACGCCGAAACAACACGACGUGUCCAGCCGUAUACAGCGCAUUUUCGACGACUCAAACCCCAACAAAGACGACAGCGAACUAAUCGAGCGUCUACUCGAAGAAUCCGCCGAUGACACGCUCCGCCUCCCCUUCGAACGCAACCGCAUCUAUCAGAACGUCGUGCAAACGACCAUGGGCCAGACCGAAGCUAUGGCCCUAUCGAUCAUCGAACCGGACAAUCUCCCGGAAUACUCACGGUUCCGCAAACAAGGUCCCGCCGCAUACUACUACCCGAUCAUCGAACGAGUGCGGCUGAAAGCCGAUCGAGGAAAUCUAGGCAAGACACCUGCACAAGCACAGGCACAAGCGCACGAGGAGGAAUUGGCCGACCAAGUCAUGAUCUCGUUCCGCGAAGCACGCGACGAUGAGCAAUAUCGACGCACACGAUUCCGAGCACAAUUUGACCCUGCAUUUGCCGCUGAGGCCGAGCAACUGGAACAGGCCAAUGAAGCUUAUGAGGAGGCAUUGCGCGCUGAAGAGUUGCUCGCCCAACAGGCUGAAUUGCAGGCAUCUGCUCAGGACGUUACUAUGCAGGAAGCUACGGAUGAAGAGCACGCGCAAGUCAGCACCAAUGGCGUAUCGCGGCGGGAUGAAGAUGAUGAUGAUGAUGAGGAGGGGGAGGAUGAUGAUGAUGAUGACGGCGGCGCCAGGGUCAAUGGGAGAUCUCGAAGAGAGGUUGUCGAUGAUGACGAUGACGAUGACGACGAUGAAGAGAUGCGGGAUGACUGAGAUCAGCUCAGCUCAAGUUGUCCGCUCAGUCUGCACGUCGGGAAUGAUUUAAUUUAGUGGUCUGAUGGGCGACAUAGCUAGCAACACAUCAUCCGUAUCUGCAUAGUCUUUCAUCACCAGCCUCCAUACCAUACCUACUCAAUCUCAACAAGCUCUUAGCCCCGUGGCAGUAUGGAAAACAGAUCCGUGUUUCGAGAGGCGAAGAAGAG